CUGUAGUCUUGAAGAAGCAAGCAGCCAUUUACAACAUCCCUGAGAACAUGACAAUGUUUGUUAGUGGCAGAAGAGUCAAAAGGUGGAAAUUUUUCCAGCUAUUUGCCACUUGUUUCAUAUUAAGCUUCAUGGUUUUCUGGGGUCCAAUCAAUAAUCAUAUUGUGAACCAUAUGAAGUCCUACUCCUACAGAUACCUCGUAAAUAGCUAUGACUUUGUGAAUAACUCCCUGUCUGUCAAGCACAGCUCUGAGCAACCUCACUACCGAUACUUGAUCAACCACAAAGAGAAGUGCCAAGCACAAGAUGUCCUCCUCUUACUGUUUAUAAAGACUGCCCCUACAAACUAUGACCAGCGUUCUGCAAUCAGAAAAACGUGGGGCAAUGAGAAUUAUGUCCAGUCCCAACUUAGUGCCAACAUCAAAAUUCUGUUUGCCUUAGGAACUCCUGCUCCACCAAAGGGAGAAGAGCUGCAAAAGAAACUGAUUUGGGAAGAUCAAGUAUACAAGGAUAUAAUUCAGCAAGAUUUUGUUGAUUCUUUCUACAAUCUUACUUUAAAAUUACUCCUUCAGUUCAGCUGGACAAACACCUUUUGUCCACAUGCCAAAUUCUUGAUGACUGCCGAUGAUGAUAUAUUUAUUCACAUGCCAAACCUCAUUGAAUACCUUCAAAGGCUAGACCAGAUUGGUAUUCGAGACUUUUGGAUUGGUCAUGUUCAUCGUGGUAGCCCUCCUGUUAGGGAUAAAAGCAGCAAGUACUAUGUUCCCUAUGAAAUGUACCACUGGCCAGCUUACCCUGACUAUACAGCUGGUGCUGCCUAUAUCAUCUCCAGUGACGUAGCUGCCAAAGUCUAUGAGGCAUCACAGAUGCUAAAUUCCAGUCUGUACAUAGAUGAUGUGUUCAUGGGCCUCUGUGCCAAUAAAAUGGGGAUAGUGCCACAGGACCAUAUCUUUUUUUCUGGGGAAGGUAAGGUUCCUUAUCAUCCUUGCAUCUAUGAAAAGAUGAUGACAUCCCACGGACACUUACAAGACCUGCAGAACCUCUGGAUGGAGGCUACAGAUCCUAAAGUAAAGAACAUCUCGGAAGGUUUUUUUGGUCAAAUAUACUGCAGGUUAAUUAAGAUAGUUCUCUUCUGCAGAUUGAUUUACCGAAGUGCAUAUCCCUGUAGGGCUGCAUUUGCUUAAUAGCAUUUGAAUGCUGCACUAUGUUCACUGUAACUGAGCCAAACGGAAGAAAAAGAAAUCUGUAAACCUUUCUCUAUAGCCUAAGUGAAAUGAACUGGAAGCAAAGAGACCAUUUCAAAUCCCAGGGGAUUAAAACAUGUCUUAUUACAGAAACUAGUCAGUGUAGUGCCUAAUCCAUGGCUUAAGCUCAUUUCAAGGGUUUCAAUUUUUAAAAGACUAAGCUCAUGAGCAAAGGCAAAAGUAAAGCAGAAUUUAAGUUCUCACUCGGUGCUACAUGUCUUUGAGGUAUGGAGACCAAUUGGGAUGCCUUGGUA